GGAGGCAAUAAUGGCCAAAGUUUUCAUGGACCCUCACACUUCCAAGCCUAGUUUGGGAAUAUCACUCAGCCCCAGCCUGGAGCACUUUGGGUAUAAUGGAGUGUAUUUUCAUCUUUCAAUCUCAAUUUUUAAAAAGCUUCCAGUUCCGCUCCCCGCAUUCCCGAGCGAGCUCUUCGCUUUUGUUGUAAACCUGUUUUGUUGCUUUUCUCUGCAACCUUCUUCACUUUCUUUCCUCUUUUCUUUUUUUUUUUUUUUUUUUAAAUCGAGAUCCUCUCCGCUCCUCUUUAUUCGCACGGAGUUGAUCAGAGGACUGGAAAAGGGGUUUCAAAUACAUCAACUCCCAUAUAGACACCGCAUCAGAUCUUGACAUAUUGGGAAUUUUGAAAUUGGAACAAUCUGAACAUAUGCGACUUUGGGGCUAGACGGUUACAACUCACCACAUUUAACUUGAGAUUGAAGUAAUGGCUUCGGCGGAGGUUACUGCGGUUCAGCCUCAAAAUAAGCGGAAAGCGGCAGCUGCUGGGAUUGUUGGAACGACUCGUCCGGUGAAGAGGCGCGCAUCGAAAGCAUGUUGUUGCUGCAGAGCUCGAAAAGUGAGAUGUGACGUUGUGGAGAGCGGUUCUCCCUGUACGAAUUGCCGUCUAGAUGAGGUGGAAUGCAUAGUGACGGAGAGUAAGCGCAGAAAGAAAGCCCGGCCUGAUGGAGAAGGCAACAAACCCUCCUCUGAAUCCUCUGCGGAAGCAUCAGAUGAAAUUGGUUUCCUUUUCGGCACCAAGCACAGCAGAACCAGAGUGCCCUCGUCAUCAAUUCCGGAACCAGGGCUGCCGCUAUCUCCUGGAAAUCAUGCUGUAGAUUUGGAAAAGGGGCAACAUGUGCCACAUCUCAUCUACCAAACUCAAGGGCAGCGAGUUAAAGAUGGUGGCCGACGUCAACGGUUAUCAAGCGUAGACAACAUUCUUCCGGCCUUUUCGUCCUCAGAUCUGAACGCCGCCAAGCCCGAGAUUCUCAAUCUUCUGUCGGGGCGAAUGAAUCAGUCGACUUCUCCUCGCACGUUCAGAAGAUCUCUUCCGGAUUAUCUUCGCCCAUUGCCUCUAAAGUUCCAGAGCGCUGAUAUCGACUAUCUGGAGGCGAAAGGCGCUUUAACCAUUCCAGACCCUGCCCUUCGAAACGAGUUGCUCCGAAGUUACCUUAAAUGGGUACACACCUACAUGCCGCUCUUAGAAUUGGACGAGUUUUUGGGUGCUAUCUUCCGAAAUGAUGGUUCUCAGCAGCUUAGUCUUCUACUUUUUCAAGCAGUGAUGUUUGCCGCGACCGCAUUCAUUGAUAUUAAACACCUUUAUGCCGCGGGCUUUGAAUCAAGGAAAGCAGCUCGAAAGGCGUUCUUUCAAAGAGCAAGGUUGCUUUAUGACUUUGACUAUGAACUUGACCGUAUCUCCUUGGUGCAAUCGCUAUUGCUCAUGACGUAUUGGUACGAAAUGCCCGAUGACCAGAAGGAUACAUGGCAUUGGAUGGGAGUCAGUCUUUCCUUGGCACAUACAAUAGGUCUACAUCGGGACCCGGCCAAUUCCAACAUGAAUCCUCAGCGUCAGAAAUUAUGGAAGCGUAUUUGGUGGAGCACAUAUACAAGGGACCGCCUGAUCGCUCUUGGAAUGAGACGACCCACAAGAAUUAAAGAUGAGGAUUGUGACGUCCCGAUGCUCCAGGUUAGCGACUUCGAGUUUAAACCGCUAUCCCCAGAAGUUCUUCAGGUUCUCGGGGAUCUCGAAAUGACACACAAUGUGACCCACCAAAGAGAACUGGCGGUGAUGUUUAUCGAGAAGGCAAAGCUCUGUCUCUGCAUCAGUCACGUUCUCUCGGCCCAGUAUUCUGUCCUCGGACACAAAUUUGGCGGAACAACGGAGACGACCAUGAUGUUGCUGCCGAAGAAGUCCGCAGCAGAAACUUGUGAAGUUAGACGCUGUGAUGACGAACUAGAAGCAUGGUUUUCCAACCUUGCAGAGGAGGCACAGUACCGGCCGCCUCCUUCGAACCUCGCAACUGGAGAUGAAGUAAUCUAUCUACAUCGGGCGCUCCUGCUGAUGGUCUACCUAACUACCUCAAGCGCACUUCACAGGCCCCAAGUUCUCCCAGCGACGCCAUUCCCAACGGUAGAAGUCGAGUUACAGGCCCUGUCUCGCACCAAAGUCCGGCAUGCAGCUGUGGAGAUAACCAAUAUAGCUCAGACGCUUCACAGCUUGGACUUGACUCGUUAUCUGCCCACAACCGGAGUCACCGUUUUACUUCCAGCCGUUAUCAUUCAUUUGUUGGACAUCAAGUCGAACGACAUCAGUGUUCGCGCAGCGAGUCUUCACCGGUUCUAUCGCUGCAUGCAGAUCCUGCAGCGACUCCGGGAAAUCUACGCCUCGGCAGAUUUCGCUACCUCGUUCCUUGAGGCUGCGAUUCGCAAGGCUGGCAUCCAUGUAUCUACGCAAAUUCUUCCAGAGGCCCCGGCGAAACUGGCGACCGUUGCUCCUGCGCAUACUCGCCUUGGCGCGCUAACCCCUCCACCCGAAGCUCAAUCCGACAAAGUAUCCGAGAAUACCGCCUCAAGCCGACAGAUUCUAUCCAUGCCCACGUUUUCUCGACCCGAAGAAAAGGGCACUGUGUUCGCAUCUACGCCGCCGCAUUCGGUGCGCAGCGAGGACGGCAGCACCCAGAACAGCCGAAACGAUGAAGUUUUCAAAACUGAUUUAUUCGAUUCCUCAAAUGACGACCCCGAGCCAAGCCUUACGGAGUUCAUGAACAUGGCCCAUGAUGCCGAGAUCACGCAGAACGACUUAGAUGCCUUAAUCAACUUUGACGAUGCCGGCGCGGAUCUAUUCGCGACUGAGGAUGGGCUUGGACUCGAUUUCGGCCUUUCUACUACGUUUUCCAAUGACAACAACCCAGUAUCGCUGGAGAACUUGAACUGGAUUCGUGAUUUUGCGGCUAGCGGGAACUUGCCCGUGAAUUCGACGAUAAACCUGCAAGAUACUUCGGUAGAGAUUGGGGAAUUUACCAGCCCAGUGGCUGACAACACUGAAACCCCCGCAGAUCAGGAAUCGAAGAGCACGGAGGUGAUAGCUAGACAGGAACUGGAUGUUUCCUCUCCGUUGGAACAGGACGGUAUUGGAAUCGCUGCAGGGUUCAUGACCGAGGUUGCCCUUGAGGCAUAGUUCGAGGUGGACUUACUUAGGUAGUAAGGGCGUUUCUUUGAACACUUAACGAAUUUCUUAGUUUCAUCUGGUUCUGUCCCAAUUGAGCAUGCACUGCGUGUCUUGAUACCAAACCCAUCUUUGUUUGUGGUUAGCUACUCCAUGUUCCUCAACUGGCGGAUUCUAAUGUCUCUCAUUCCGUGCGUCCAUGUAUUAUAUUCCUGGAUAUGAUGAUGAAUACCACAAAAUCUGGUUAGACCUUUGCAUGUCUAUGAUAU